GUCAACUAGUUUUUUAAUUGAUAUUUUAAGCAUAAGUCAUUUUUGUCGUCUGAGUACUUUCUUUAGCUUGAAGACUGACACAGAAAGCGAUCCUCCUUAACUGCCGGGUGUUCGUACUGUACAUUUGACGGGAAGCUCCUCCUCCAUGUUCAGUCAUGAACUCUUGUCGAUCAGCAUGAAACUUUUUCCAGGAUUUGUGAGUUGACAAUGCUUUCCGGUUGAGGCUCCAAAUGCUACAGUUCUUGAUUGAGAUGCUCUCCUGAGUUGAAAUUCACACCUUGACGAAGGCUUUUCUGAGAAUUACUCACCUGAAAACACACAAUGGCUUCCAAUAUAAUCGUGGAACAGCAGUUUUCUCACAAAUUCACAGUGACGGUGGUUCGAGCCGAGAGAGUCACUAAAGGAGCACUGGGUGACCUGUUGGACACCCCAGAUCCAUAUGUGGAGCUGUUCAUCCCAACUGCCCCAGAGAGCAGGAAGAGGACCAAGCACAUAGACAAUGAUAUUAACCCAAAAUGGAAUGAGACCUUUAGCUUCAUAUUAGACCCCAACCAGCAUAACAUCCUGGAGUUAACGUUAAUGGACGCCAAUUACGUGAUGGAUGAGACACUUGGGACUUCGUCCUAUGACAUUACCAAACUCGCUGUAGGCCAGACAAAGAUGGAGUCUUUCCUCAUUGGCAAAGCCACCAAAGUGUACUUAGAGAUGUCACUGGAGAUCUGUACCAACCUGGACCUGCGGUUUAGCCUGGCCCUUUGUGACAAAGAGAAGCAGUUCAGACAGACCCGCAGAGAAAGAGUAAUGUUGGGCAUCAAAAAGCUGCUAGACAUGGAGAAGCCCCGUUUCCUCCCCAGCUCUCCAGACGAGGUGCCGGUGAUUGCCAUAGCGGGUUCAGGUGGCGGUUUCCGUGCCAUGGUCGGCUUCUCAGGUGUGAUGAAAGCCCUGUUUGAGUCUGGGGUCCUGGAUUGUGCCACAUAUAUUGCCGGCCUCUCUGGAUCCACAUGGUACAUGUCCACUCUCUACUCCCACCCAGACUUCCCAGAUAAGGGCCCAAAAGACAUCAACCCGGAGCUGAUGAACAGAGUUAGCAGUAACCCACUGAGGCUGUUGCUGCCCCAACACAUCACCAACUACAUCCAGGCCCUCUGGACCAAAAAGGCCACUGGGCAGCCUGUUACCUUUACCGAUAUCUUCGGUAUGCUCAUAGGAGAGACACUUAUACCUGCGAGGAUGGACAUUAAGCUAAGCAGCAUCCAGGAGAAAAUAAACCAAGCCCAGAGUCCUCUUCCUCUCUUCACAUGUCUGCAUGUCAAGCCAGAUGUUUCUGAGCUCAUGUUUGCAGACUGGGUGGAGUUCAGCCCCUAUGAAAUUGGGAUGGCAAAGUAUGGCACCUUCAUGACCCCCGACUUGUUUGGAAGCAAGUUCUUCAUGGGAACGGCUGUCAAAAAAUACGAGGAAAACCCUCUUCAUUUUCUGAUGGGUGUGUGGGGCAGUGCCUUCUCCAUUCUGUUCAACAGAGUGUUGGGAGUCAAAGACACAGUUGGUGGCAGCACCAUGGAGGAGGAGUUAGAGCAGAUCAAACCACAGCACAUCGUCGGGGAAGACAGUCUAGACAAUGAUGAUGAGCCACGCAAAGCUGGGACAGAGAACCAAGAGGCAGAAGACGAGUACCAUCGCACCGCUCAGGCUAGCUGGGUUCAGCGAAUGUUCACCUCACUCUUCAGUGACUCUGCCUUAUUCAACACAAGAGAGGGCCGAGCUGGGAAGGUUCAUAAUUUCAUGCUGGGUCUGAACCUGAACACCAACAUCCCAUUCUCUCCAGUCAGUGAGGUCAUGUGCCAUGCUCAGACACCUGAAGACGAAGUGGAUGCUGUCACAGACCCAGAUGAGUUUGAUCGUAUUUACGAGCCUCUGGAUGUGAAGAGUAAGAAGAUUCACAUAGUGGACAGCGGCUUGACCUACAACCUUCCCUACCCUCUCAUCCUGCGGCCGCAGCGUGGUGUCAACCUCAUCAUCUCCUUUGACUUUUCUGCUCGACCCAGCGACUCCAGCCCCCCGUUCAAAGAGCUCCUGUUGGCAGAAAAGUGGGCUCGAAUGAACAAGCUUCCAUUCCCUAAGAUCGACCCCAAAGUGUUCGACCGCGAGGGCCUGAAGGAAUGCUACGUCUUCAAGCCAAAAAAAGGCGAAAAGAACUGCCCUACCAUCAUCCACUUUGUCCUGGUCAACAUCAACUUCAGAAAAUACAAGGCACCUGGUGUUUCCAGAGAGACUGAGAAGGAGAAGGAGUUUGCUGAUUUUGACAUCUUUGACGACCCAGAGUCACCAUUCUCCACUUUUAACUUCCAGUACUCCAACGAGGCCUACACCAGACUCCAUGACCUGAUGGAGUUCAACACUCUCAACAACCUGGAGGUGAUCAAAGAAGCUAUCAAGGACUGCAUCGUGUCUCGGAAGGAGAAUCCCUCAGGCCUCGCCCUUCCCUUCUCUCUCAGCGAGAUCCCGAGAAAGAAGUCUCUGAAAAGAGAUUGUCUGGUAAAACCCUGGAAUAACCUGGAAAACAACAAUCAGUAGCCUGAUCUAAGACUUUACAUACAAGUGGACUUUAGGGAUUUUUUUGUAGAUUCUGUCUUAAAGAAUAAGCAUUUUCUUUUUGGAAAAUGCUAUUCGAGUUGAUCUCUUUCUGGAUACUUUUAAUCAGACUUUUUUUUAAAGAACCUUAACGUUUACUAGUACAGUACAAGACUUUUUAAUCUAUAUACAAGAGAGUGAGAAUUUUCAUCUGGCUUUAUUUGCACGAAUAUGGCUGCUGGGAAAACUGGUAUUGACCACACACAGCUGAUGUCCGCUUUUCCCCGUUAAGUUAAGAUAAAUUAAAUUAAGGAACACUGCAAUGUCACUGGAUUGUUACAGCUAACAUCUGGUUUCAUCACAAACAACAGGGGAUUGUUUGUGACUGUGAUAUUUACUGAGAAUUUAUGUUAUCUCUGAUAGUUCUUCAGAACUAUAUGCUCAUUCACUUCGCUUUCAUUCAUCGUGAAUUUUCUACUCCAGUUGCAACAUUUCCUCUUGGCUCUAGUUCAUGCUGCCUGCAGCAAAGCUGCAUUUGCAUCUUUCUAUGACUUGUUAUGCAGCCAUGCCAGUUUUAAAUUUAGCUUUGAGCUAUAUGAAUGGACUCUCAGAGGUCUCUCCUGUACUGGACUAUUUUGUCAGCUGAACUCUUUCCAUAUUGAAACCGCGACUGCAAAGCAUGCAAAUCGUCAUUUUUUUUCACCGGAUGGCUGGUCUAAACAUGUAAUCCUGUUUGAAAACAUGGAAGAGGAGCUUGUAACCAAUGGUUUUGUUUGAUGACGGCUUCUAAACACGCAAAGUGCACCCUCUCUGGAUACCUCAAACAUCUCAAUGAUGCUUUUCCACCUACAGGGAAGGAGCACUCCCUGCUCCCGUUGUAGGGAGUGUCUCAUAUUAAAGCCACCAUUUUGGAAAAACAAAACAUGAUACCAUAGAAACAGCACCACAUCUUCUCCCCCCUCUCUCUUUCACUCUCUAUCAGGAUAAAGGUGUGUUUAUUUUCCUGACCAUGUUGUUUCAAGCUGUCUUUUAGAUACAAGCACAGUUUGUUUUUCCCUCCCCCACCAAACUCAACUUGCUGGAGGUCCCCUUGAUCGGCCCCCGCACGUUAAAGUGGAGCUUAGGUCAGAGCGAGGGAAGGCUGGGUGGAGUGGUUAGUGCGUUCACAAGCCCCACUCACAGCUGAAAACAGUGGCUCUCGGCGGCACUCAGUGGAAUUUUACACACUACACCUACACCUGCAGCACUGGAGGCUUGGAAUCUGACACACUACACCUAUACCUGCGGGGGCCUGAAGGCUGCACACAGAGCAGUGGAAUUUUACACCGAAGCACUUCUGACCCCUCAUGUUUCAGCCUCACUGGUUUGGAAGAAACUGAGAAAAAAAAA